AUGAGAAGUGUCUGCCUUCUACUGAUGGUGAUCUCUCAAGUUCAGCUGUCAUUACUCUGCCCUUCUUCUUGUGUGGUGUGUUCUGAAGAUGUCAUCAUCUGUCAUAAACUCUUAAACAUUAUUGAUGCACCAGGCUCUACUAAAGCUUUGAUGCUCACUGAUGGACUCAUUGAUUCUGUGGACAACAUGGUCCUCUCUGAAUUAUCCAACAUGACUGUUCUGGCACUCAGCAACAACGCCAUUUCUAGCAUCAUGGAGAAUGCCUUUCAGAACCUCUCUUUUCUAACUACGCUGUUGCUGGACCAUAACCGCAUCUCCAGCCAAUCCCUGGACAGCUCCACAUUUUCCUGGCUCCACAGACUGGAGACUCUCCAGCUUGGUAACAACAAUUUGAAUGACAUUGAGGGCUGCUGGUUCCAAAGCUCUAGAGCUUUAAAAACACUUCAACUAGAGGGGAACUUCCUCAACUGCUUGAACUCCACAACCUUUGCCCAUGCUGAUCUGAGGAACCUUGAAACAUUGGACUUGUCCAACAACCUCAUCGUGUACUUAGGAUGUGAUAGCUUCAGAGGGCUUCCUCGUCUCCGCAGACUCGAUCUGUCCCGCAAUCAUCUACGCAGUGCUCCAGAUGCAUUCUCUUAUCUGUCAUGGCUCUCAGUGCUGAACCUUGAUUUGAACCUCUGGAGCUGUACAUGUGAGUUGAGAGAGCUGGCCUCAUUUCUCAAAAGUUACAUUCAGGCUCCUGAAAAAGUCUUGUACAAUGGGCAGAGGAUGGUGUGUGUGAAUACAGAUAAUGCAGCUGUGCAAGCUGUGCUGGAAUUGACUGACGCUAACUGUGUCCCACCAAACAGGAAUAUAACAGUGGAGGUUGUGGCUAAAAGAUAUAUCACUUCUGAGCAAUAUAUUAGAAAUGUUGCUAUUGCCAUUGUAUUUUCAUUUUUGGGUGGUGUUGGGAUCACCCUGGGAAUGAUUGUCAUUGCAUACCACAAACUCAGUAAGAAAUUUGAACUGGUGCAGGAAGAAAAUAGAGUUGGGGAGUCCGGCCUGGAAUCAACCCAGUGGAAUUUCUGCCAAGGCAAGGACACUCUAACUAAGUGCCAUGCACUGUACAACAGCAACUACAAAUCCCAUCAACCCUGGGACAGAGAAGACUCUCCUUAUCUGGGAUCAGACAUGCUGGAGAGUCAUUUCACCUGUCACAAGUGCAGCUCUUCAGCACAUGCGGUAGGAAAGAACAAAAGAGAGAUUGUCCUGCAGAAAGCUACUCAUGUAGGUGAACAGCUGGCUAAUCACCAACAGGAAGGGAAUGAUAAAAAUUCUGUGUUGCAACAGAGGAUCAAAGAUAUAGGUGGACAAAGACAUAAUGAGAGAGAGAGUUUGGCAGGCAUUCCAAAGAACUAUCUGGGCAGUCAGGGUACUUCUUCCCAACAUCGUGGGGGUUCAAACGACAUCUCAGCUGUCAGAAUACGGCAGCUGGCCCUCAGUAAUCAUUUCUCGGCCCUCCAGAGAGCCACAUUCAGACCCCCAGACCAAAUCCACGAUGAAAUAACUCAAGGAAAUCACUCACUGUUAAAGCACCAGGCUGAGGACAUUGGUGCUCAACCGAUUUACCAAACCAUCGGUUGUCUGCACUGUCAUCAGACUUAUGAUUACAGACAAGCUGAGAGUAACACAGUUCAAAACAGAGCACAAAUGUACAAUGCCAUGCUAUACAAAGACAACUUGGGUUAUGACAAGUCAAACGCUGGGAGACAUGGUGAAAGUCAAGCUACUGAGCUGGGCUUUAAAUUAGAUUCUCAAAGAAGUGUUACUUUUGAUCUAGCUGGGACUGAGGAACAUGUCCUCACCACAAUGGCUGACAGACACAAAAAGGAAAGCAGGAUGAAGGACUUUAAAACAUCUGCACAGAAACCCCCCCGAAAGCUGGGACAUGCAAAGAGGACACUGAAAGUUAAAUUAAAUUUAAACCCCCUUCAAAAAAGCAGAGUUCAUCCAAAGUCCACUGACAAAGAAGAUAUUGAAGAAGACAAGAUGUACAAAAAGGGUAAGAAGGAAAAACUGAAAAGCAAAAAGGACAAAAAAGAUAAAUUAAAAUUAAAUAAAACUAGCAAAAAAUCUAAAGAUAACAUUGAAUGCUCAGGAAGUGAGGAAGAGGAAAAUGAUACUAUACAAGAUAUCUCUGAAAAGAAGCGUGCUAAAAAAGGAAACAAGGAAUCAAAGUCCCUGUCUAAGGAUACAGAUGAUGUCACUAUAGAAAAGGGUCAAAAUUAUAUUUCUGUUCAGGGAGAAACUCAAAUGGCAUCAACACUCCCACUAACACUCAAUUUAGCUCUUCCAGAUGAUCACAACUGUCUUACAGCUCCAUCUCACCCCGACGAUCUGGAUUCCAGUGACACUCAGCAGCUAUCCAAUCCAAAUAUUGCACUUCCUGUGAGUGAAUCCACUGCUCCACAGGAUGUGGUGGAUCAGUCCAGCAGUUCAGACCUGAUUAGCUCUGGUGCACCUGUCAUCCAAGUGUAUGUAUCUUUAGCUGAGGGCUCACCAAAGAGGAAGUUAAGACUCAUUUUACCCGAAAAAACAACCAACAGGCCACAAACAUCACUCGAUAAGAAAAUCCGAUAA